GCAGUAAUUUGGUAGAAAUUUCGUUUGAAAAUCAAAGCCAUUUAUAUCCCAUUCAACCUAAUAUAAAAGAUGUCUAUGAAGUUCAUACGUCAUUUGUCAGCUCAGCUGUCUUUUCUGGUAAGCAGAUUAUGACAGUCAAGAUGGAAAAGGUACAGGCCGAUAUGGAGCUCCGGGUUCUGUUAGACGUCAGUGAGAACCUUAAACUUUCAAAUAACACAGACGGUCAUGUUAUUGUUCGACAGGUUUCUUCGUCCGAGCUACAUGUAAAUGUCAAUGUCCUGGAUAAAGAGAGUGGAAUUAAAGACAUUUUCGUUGGUGCAGGGUCUACCCGCGGCGGGUUUCAGAUUCAUCAGUUAGUUCCUGUGCCUUCAUCGUCAAACAUAUUACUCUUCACUGAGGCACUUCACGGACAAGAGGUAUACAUAACAGCAAUCGUAGAGAACCACGCUGGUGAUCGGAGUCACUUUCACUCCCGCUCUGUAAUUAUGGAUCACACACCGCCAAUUAUAUCAAACGCAAUGAUGACUAUGACCUACAAGAGCUCUGCGGAGUAUGCAUUGACCCAGGUCAAUGUCACGUGGGAGGUGAAGGAUACCGAGAGCUCAACAGUGCAAUGUUCUUGUGUGAUAGUGGACGAUGCAAACGGAACGAUAAUUGACGGAAUAAUAAGCUCACCCAAACGGUGUUACACACCACCACUUCCCUUGAUGCAUGGUACUAUGAUUUCGGCACUCGUCAACUGUUACAAUGACGCUAACCUGGGACAAAUCGCAUCAGUUGGGCCUGAACUCGUUGCCUAUCUCCCACCAGACGUGAAGAACGCUAAGAUUUUCUUUUCGACAUCAGUGGAGACUUCAGAUGGACUUCCCAUUGUCCGUCCAAGUUCAUCUUUGAUAUUUUCCUGGGAAGGUAUCGACGACUCCUUUGGAAUCAAAAGCUAUUCAUACCGUAUCCUGCAUGGUGGUCAAGUUGCCAAGGACUGGGAGGACACGGAGACGCGGUCCUACGUAUCGGUAGAGGACGUCAGUCUCACAGACAACGGUCUAUACUCCGUGGAGGUAACGGCGAAUAAUUAUGCCGGGAUCUAUAGCAAAACCAUCAAUGCCUCUGUUCUCGUCCUCGGAGAGGCUCCAUCUCUCACAGAUCAACUUCCACAAAUCUCUAGAACAGACGAAAUUGUGGAUGUUUCUUGGGUUGAUGUAUUUUCCGUACGACCAGAACUACAGCCUACAUAUUCCGUAACCAUCGGAUCAGAAGAGGGCCUUGCCGACAUCGUAAGGCGUAUGAAUAUAAAAGAACAACGUCACGUUUUUCAUAACAUGUACAGCGGAAAUGAUGCAUUUGUCAUCAUCACUUGCACAUACAAUACAGGGACAACGUCGGUGUUCCGUGCAAAAGUGUCAAUUUCAUAGGGAUGUGAUAAUCAUGGUUUUAAAGCGUUUUGGUGUAUCAUAAUAAUUUUGCCUUUGAUGAUUUCUGACUCCAUCGAAAUUAUUGAUUAUUCGUAAUUGUCGUCAUUAUGAUCUAAAUAUGUAAAAUAUGCAAAGAUCUUUGAAUGGAAAUAUUA